UCAUGAAUAGUGAUUAGAAGAAAAUUUUGGUCAUUUUGUUUUUGAAUUUUGACUAAAUUUUGAGUAAUUUAACCUGAAACCGUGUCAUUUUUCAGAAACUUUAAAUUGUAAUCGUUUCAAGUUGGUUCAUGGUUCAAGUCAUAAAAUAAACAACUUCAAAAAAUUGGAACUUCUUGACUAUGAAAAAACAGUAAAGUGCUCGCCUCAAGAAUGCCAGCUCACGAUCCUCUCAGCUUGGUAUUGGACAAGCAGUGCGUGAUAUUGGAUAUUGGAGCAAAAUACACCAAAUUUGGAUUUAGUGGAGAACCUAGUCCCAGGUGUAUCAUUCCGACCGAAACCAUUUCUGGAGAUACCGGUAAAACGGUGAAAGUGUUUCAGUACGCUGAUAUCGACGAAUUACGCACCAACUUGAUUGAUUUCAUUCAUGUGCUUUUCUUCAAAUAUGCUCUGAUUCAUCCCAAAGAAAAACGCGUCGUUGUUGUGGAAUCGUUGUUAUGUCCUACUGUUUUGAAAGAUACUUUGGCAUCAGUAUUAUUUGAUCACUUCGAGGUAACUUCUGUGAUAUUUGUACCCUCGCAUGUGGUUUCAUUAUAUACGUUAGGAGUAAACACCGCUUUGGUGGUGGAUAUCGGAUAUCAAGAAGCGACAGUUAUACCGGUUUAUGAAGGAAUCCCUGUUUUGAAAGCUUGGCAAGCUUUACCAUUGGGUUCAAAAUUAGUUCAAAAUACUCUGCGAGACCGAUUGUUUGGCAAAUUGAAACGUAUCGUAGGUACAACCGAAGAAGCCAUCGAUGAUCCUUCCUGUUUGAAUGAUGAAAUUAUAGAAGAUAUUUUAGUAAAAGGAUGCUUCGUUACAAAAUUACAAAGAUCUACAGAUUCACGAAAUGGUGUUAAACCUGAUACACUUCCACCUGAAUUCACUUAUCGAGUAGAUGGAGAUAAAAUUAUCAACGUUGAAUCAAGUGACAGAGAAUUUUGCUACGAUGUGUUAUUCGAACAAGAUGGUGAUCAGUUAUCGCUGAGUACUAUGAUUCUAGACGCCAUUCUAUUGUGUAGCGUCGAUAUGAGGCGACCAUUAGCUGAAAAUAUCCUCGUGAUCGGAGGUACUGCCAUGGCCAAAGGGUUAAAAGCUCGAUUACAGGAAGAAUUAUUAUCUUUGCUGAAAGAAGAGCGGUAUUCGAAAAGAUUAUUCGUUAAUACGUUUAAAUUCCAUGACCCACCUGCCUUGCCAAAUUACGUCGCUUGGCUUGGAGGUUCCAUUUGCGGUGCUACUGAUAUGAUCACGAUGAAAUCAUUAACCAGAGAAGCGUACAAUGAAAUGAAUAACCGAGUUCCAGAUUGGUCAAAUCUCGUUAAUAGAAACGAUAUGCCAAUUCCCAAAACAACCUUGCAGCUUUAAGCAUUAAUUUUUUUUAUGUACUUUUAUAAGAACAUAAGUAUUUGGUGUGAUCUGUGAUGUAAAAGUUUUUGCAGAAAUAUGAGUCAUGUUACUCGCUUUAACUACCUGUGUUAAAUUAUAAUAAAAUUAAUGUAUACUCUGUA